CAACAAUAAUGUCUUACUGAAGCUAACGUUUGUUGCAAGGUACUGUGUUGUUUAUAUCUCACGUAGCAUGUGCUUGGAUAAACUUGUUCAUUUAUGAACAUUGUUUCCUAGCUGGCCCUGUUCCCCAAAAGAGGGCAGACCAAAAAGCAUUUGCCUGGGGCCGGUUGUAUAAAAAAGUGAUUAAAGUUAACUAAUAGUUAAGUGGAAAUGUUAUCCAAUAAGAAGCGCCUAUUUGAGAGUUAAUCACUAUUUAACUACAAAAUAGUGAUUAAAAAAGUGAUUAAGAGUUUUAUACAACCGGCCCCUGUAGAAUAAGUAAAUUGUUCACUGAGAACAAUUACUGGCUGUGUUAUUUCCAGGCGUAGAUUGAAAAUUAAAGAUCAGGAAAACAUGUUAGUGAAACAAUAGUCGCACAUGCAUGCGAAAUUAAAAACAAAAUACUUUUUCGUGGUCGUUGUCGUCAUUACAUUUUCUGCACGCAAAACAAACACGGAACUUAUUAAAGACCAAACUGAAUUAUAAUAUAGCAUUUAUAAAUUCUGAACGCUGAUUGGCUAAGAGCCGUGUUGAUAUAACUCGAUGUCAACACGGAAACGUCGGAAAAUUUCUUUCUUUAUGUUUCUUUGUGCUAUAUUAUAAAACAAAUAUAAAACAUUUUUCCGUAUUGAUAUAAUAUCAACACGGAAAAUGUUUUAUAUUUGUUAAGUAUUUCAUAGCGUACUUUAAUUUCUGUUUCAGGAACUGUAUUGACUACGAGUGUAUGUUAAUUUUCAAAGGAUUACUUCAUGAACCAGCUCGCUAUUUAUUGGUCACUGCACGUGGUUCAUAUGAUGGCGGACAUGAAGAUUUAGUUACCACAGCAACGCUAUGA